AUGCCAUCUGUAACUGAUAUUCAUCAACAAUCAUCAAAAAUCUCAACAAAUAAUAAUGGUAAAUCAACACCACCACCACAACAGAUAAGUUCACCAUUAACAGGAGUUACAACAGAUUCCAACAAUGUCGAUGCAAUUACACAAGCUGUUCUUAUGUUGGAAAAGAAACAACGAAAUUUAGGCAAAAGAAAAGAAAAACUUGAGAGUUAUGAACAAGAAGCUAAAAGUGGAAAAGAACUUAUUAAAGAUCAAAAGGAUGCAUUGGCUAAAUAUGGUGAAGUUAUUGGUCAAAUUGAAUGUGCUAAAGAUGUUCAUGAACAAUUAAAAAAGAUACAAGCUGAUUCAGCUAAAAUUCAAAAACGUCAAUCGAAACAACAAGCUGAAGAGAAACGAUUAUUAAUAGCACAACGUCUUCGAGAAUAUGCUCAACUUCGAUAUUUACUUGAUCAUCGACCAUCAUCAUUAAAAGCAGAAGAAUCAUCAUUAUUAGAUGAACUUGCUCGUGUUAUUGUCCCAUCAGAUAUAUCAUUAAAUACAAUAACUCGUGCUGUUGAUACAGUAUUAUCAAUAUAUCAAGGUGGACCAUUAUCAUCAACAAUUAAAAAUCUAACUGGUCGUACAUCACAAGAAGUUCGAGAAACAAUUGAACAAUUAAUUAAACAAUUUGAAACAUCAUCAUCAACAUCAACAUCAUUAUCAUCAAAAUCAACGUCAGAUGAUACAGUAACACCUCAACAAACACAAUUAAUUGAAACAGUUAAACAAACACCUCUUGUCCCUCAAGCCCCACCAACAACACCUGCUUCUGUACUUCCUCAACGAGAACAAAAUAAACAAAUGAACAAUACUAAUGAUGUUAUGGGUCCAUCAUUAAGUCAUACACAUUUGGUUCAGACAAAUCCAAAUGAAUAUCCAUUACAAUUUGAUACACGUAAUCAAAAUAUCCCACUUCAAAAAAUAAUUCAAGAUAAUCCAUAUUUUUCUCUUGAUCUUACAACUGCAAAUAAUAAUCAACAAGUCAAACAAGAUUCAACAAAUAAUCAACAACAAAUAUCUAAUAAUCAAGAUAAUAAUCAAGUUCAAUCAAAUGAUCCAAAUCAAUAUUUACAAACAUUUACUGUUCUUAAUUCAAGUUUGACAGGUCAAACACCUUCACAAGGUUAUACGCAAACACCAUCUGCUCCAACUCAACAACAACAACAAGGAGUUAAUAAUUUCGAUGAAGAAAACUCAUCGAAUGUCAUGAGUUCAAGUAAUGUUCCAACUGAUGAUCAACAAUCUGAAGAACAAUGGCAACAACGUCGUAGUAAUAGUGGUAAUGUUCAUCGAGGUGGACAAUAUAAUGGAACUGGAAAUAAAAAUUAUAGUCGUGGUGGUUCAAAUAAUUACAAUCAACAACAAUGGCGAGGACCACGUGGAGGUCAUUAUGAUAAUUCUUAUGGUAGUGGACAAAGACAAUAUACUGAAAAUAAUACUCGUGGUGGAAGUGGUCAACGUGGUGGACCUAAUCCAAAUUAUCGAGGUUCUCGUGGUGGAGGUAAUUAUCGUGGUGGUAAUCGAGGUGGUAAUGCUGGUUAUAAUGGUAAUGGAUAUCAAAAAUCAUCUCAAUAUCAACAAAAUAAUGAACAACAACAACAACAACAAGUUCGUUCGGCUCCUCCAAAUCAACAAUCAUAA